AUGGUCUCCAGUACCGACGCUGCCUUCGUCGAGGACAUCGAUGUAGACCAGCAACUGCGAGCCCGCGCCAACAAGUCGAGCGUGCCUCUAUAUGCACCGACUAAACAAGGGGCUCAUUCGCCAAAAGCUGAUAGCGACGACGAAAACGCGCCACUGCUGAGCCCUACAAGGAACAACCAUGGAAAUGCGAAUGGCGAUGGCGAUGAUAUUGAAGGAGACGAGUGGGAUGGAGAUGGAGAAUUUCGUGGACUGCCUUGGUGGAAGCGACCUUCGAUUUACUGGUUACUGCCACCCUUUCUGCUGUUCACGACUGCAUUUGGUGGUGUCAUAGUACCCAAGAUCAAUCUCAUCAUGGAUCUGGUCUGCGAUGAGUACUACGAUUCACUGGGAACCGAUCCUAUUUCUGGUCCGAUGGACCCGGGAAUGGAUCGCUGUCAGAAUGAUGCCGUCUCAUCCCGCUCUUCCCUGUUCCUGCUAUACGCUGGCCUCUGCUCGGGAAUCUUGUCUGCUGUCAUCAGCCCAAAGCUCGGCUCCCUGUCCGAUCGAUAUGGACGAAAGAGGUUCAUGAUCUUCAACACUUGCGGCGCUCUGUUCGGCGAAGUACUAACCAUUCUGGCUGCCAAGUUCCCCGAAACAGUGCACGUCAACUGGAUUCUUGUAGGUUACUGUCUAGAAGGGGUCUCUGGUUCCUUUAUUGUCGGCAUGGCUCUUGCACAUUCCUAUGCGUCCGACUGUGUUCCACCCCAAAGACGUAACGUUGCAUUUUCGUACUUUCAUGCCUGCUUGUUCACGGGAGUCGCCAUCGGUCCUGUGCUAGCUGGCUACAUCAUCGAAGCUCGCAAACAGUACGUCGGCAAGACUGACGCUGUGCUCCUCAUUUUCUACAUUGCCCUGGCGGCUCAUCUCUUCUUCAUCUUCUUCCUCACGUUUGUGGUGCCUGAAUCACUCAGCAAGUCUCGUCAGGAAGCGGCACGUGAGAAACACGAGGAGGCGAUGCAGAGACUUGGUCCUGCGUCUGACUGGAUCAAUCAAUUGCGAUCGAUCAACCUCUUUGCGCCCCUCAAGAUCCUUUGGCCAACAGGCCCAGGCACCACGUCUGCUGUACGGUGGAACCUCUUAUUGCUUGCUGCUACAGACACCAUCAUGUUUGGAGUAGCCAUGGGGGCAAUGAGCGUCAUUCUUGUGUACACUCGCCGGCAAUUUGGCUGGCAAGAAUUCGAAUCGGGUCGCUUUGUCACCAUUGUGAAUACGUGUCGCGUCUUUUGCCUUCUCGUCGUCCUCCCGGCCAUUACACGCCUGGUGCGCGGGAAGAAUGGCGCAUCACGCAUACGAAAGUCUGGAUCCGAUCUGCUCGACCUAUCCAUCAUUCGUGCCGCCAUUUUAUUUGACAUGCUUGGCUACCUCGGCUACACGCUUGCCCGUAGAGGGGAAUUGUUUGCUCUAUCCGGAGCACUGGCAUCGAUUGGCGGCAUCGGCUCACCAACGCUGGGUGCGGCUUUGACAAAGCAUGUGCCACAGGAUAAAGUUGGCCAGCUAUUAGGUGCAACAGGCUUGUUGCAUGCCCUGGCCAGAGUGCUUGGUCCGACCAUCUUCAACGGCAUCUACAGCGCAACUGUAGGCACAUACAGACAGACUGUAUUCGUCUGCUUGACAGUGACCUUUGGUGCAGCCUUUGUGUGCAGUUGGUUCGUGAGGCCUCAUGUGUAUUUCGAUGAGCCCGACAAGCAUAGAGCAGACGAGCAAGAUGCAUAG